AUGGCUGACGAGCAUGAUGUUACCUUCGAGUCCGCCGACGCCGGCGCGUCUCUCACCUACCCCAUGCAGUGCUCUGCUCUGCGCAAGAACGGCUUCGUCGUGAUCAAGGGCCGCCCCUGCAAGAUUGUCGACAUGUCCACCUCCAAGACUGGCAAGCACGGUCACGCCAAGGUCCACCUUGUCGCCCUUGACAUCUUCACUGGCAAGAAGUACGAAGAUCUUUCUCCUUCCACUCACAACAUGGAUGUCCCCAACGUCACCCGUCGUGAGUACCAGCUUCUCGACAUCUCUGACGAUGGCUUCCUCUCCCUCAUGAACGACGACGGUGACACCAAGGACGAUGUCCGCAUGCCCGACGGUGAGAUUGGUGAGAAGAUCAACAAGCUCUUCAAGGUUGACGAGAAGGACACCAACGUUGUCGUUCUCACCUCCAUGGGAGAAGAGGCCGCCAUCGAGGCCAAGGAGGCUCCUAAGCAGUCUUAA